AUGGGCAAUACAUGCCGGGGAUCUUUUGGGGCAAAAUUUCAUCAGGGCGAGACUCAGCCCGAGGAUCAUUCUGUUGUAAAUUCAAACUCGAACACGAAUUCGAAUACCACUAGCUCUAAUACUACCAAGAGAAACGAUUCUGAUUAUUCAGAUUAUUCACCUAAUAGUUUGAGAAACCAGCAACUUGUUAAUCAGGAAUUUGCUCAAGAUAAUCCUAAGAAAGAUCAUAAUUCUGUGGUUGUUGUUCCAAUGGCUAAAGAUAAUAAUACCGUAAGGAAGCAAAGUGAUAAUCAAGCUUAUUAUGUUUUGGGUCAUAAGACCGCCAACAUUCGUGAUCUUUACACUCUUGGCCGUAAAUUGGGGCAAGGGCAAUUUGGGACCACGUAUCUUUGUACCGAGAUCUCCACGGGGAUUGAAUAUGCUUGUAAAUCGAUAUCGAAAAGGAAGUUGAUAUCCAAGGAGGAUGUGGAAGAUGUGAGAAGAGAGAUUCAGAUAAUGCACCACCUGGCAGGUCACAAGAAUAUUGUGACCAUAAAGGGUGCUUAUGAAGAUCCUUUAUAUGUGCACAUUGUGAUGGAACUUUGUUCUGGGGGCGAGUUGUUUGACCGCAUCAUUCAAAGGGGGCAUUACAGUGAGAGAAAGGCUGCUGAAUUGACUAAGAUCACUGUCGGGGUUGUUGAAGCCUGCCAUUCACUUGGGGUUAUGCACAGAGAUCUCAAGCCUGAGAAUUUCUUGUUGGUGAAUAAGGAUGAUGAUUUCUCUCUCAAAGCUAUCGACUUUGGGCUGUCUGUCUUCUUUAAACCAGGUCAGGUCUUUACAGAUGUGGUUGGAAGUCCUUACUAUGUCGCGCCUGAGGUUCUUUUGAAGAAUUAUGGCUUUGAGGCAGAUGUUUGGACUGCUGGAGUUAUUCUGUACAUAUUACUCAGUGGUGUGCCACCAUUUUGGGCUGAAACUCAGCAGGGAAUAUUCGAUGCAGUUCUGAAGGGUCAUAUUGAUUUUGACUCAGAUCCUUGGCCCCUAAUUUCCGAUAGUGCAAAGGAUCUUAUCAGAAAGAUGCUGUGCUCAAACCCAAAAGAGCGUUUAACUGCUCACCAAGUUCUAUGUCAUCCUUGGAUUUGUGAAAGUGGGGUUGCACCAGAUAGAGCAUUGGACCCAGCUGUAAUUUCUCGUCUCAAACACUUCUCUGCAAUGAACAAGCUGAAGAAAAUGGCUUUGCGGGUUAUAGCUGAAAGUUUGUCAGAGGAAGAAAUUGCUGGAUUAAAAGAAAUGUUUAUGUCAAUGGAUACUGAUAACAGUGGUGCAAUUACAUUUGAGGAGCUCAAAGCUGGUUUAAAAAGAUAUGGUUCAAACCUUAAAGACAUAGAGAUACGUGAUCUGAUGGAAGCGGCUGAUAUUGAUAAUAGUGGUACAAUUGACUAUGGGGAAUUUAUAGCUGCUACUAUUCAUCUCAACAAGCUCGAGCGUGAGGAACAUCUUGUUGCUGCCUUUCAGUACUUUGACAAGGAUGGCAGUGGAUCUAUUACCAUUGAUGAGCUCCAACAAGCAUGUCAAGAACAGGGCCUUAACGAUCUUUACCUUGAAGAUGUUAUCAGAGAAGUUGAUCAAAAUAACGAUGGCACAAUUGAUUAUAGUGAAUUUGUUGCGAUGAUGAGAAAAGGUGAUGGUGGGAUUGGAAGGAGAACCAUGCGUAUGAGCAUGAGAGAAUGAGAGAUGCACCUGGGUUUUACUAGACUUUCACUGUAGUUUUAUUUAAGGUUUGUACAGCAAUGGAUGAUAAAACCAUGAGAUGUAGGUUCUUCCUCCGGCUCAACAACUUCCUUUUGUGGGGUGUUUAUUGUAAAGGUUGUGUGGUUAAGCACUAUAGAGCAAAAGUUAUAAACUCUGCAAUGACUGGUCUGAAAUGGAUUCCAACUUACCAUGUCUAUAGAUGAUCUCUGUAUGUUUGGAAGAACAAGGUUGAUCUACUGUUGCUUCCGUUGCAAGCUUGGAAGUUCGUGCUCGUUCUGUACUUUUAACUUGUUGGAUUGUACUUUAGAAAAAUGAUAUUUAUUCAAGCGGCUGUCAAUGUCAUUUUAGAAGUGCUGUUGUAUGUUGUUAAAUGUUGAGAUUUAAACCUUAGAUCCCUUUGUAUCAUGAAUGAAAAGAGGACCGUUGUUGAACUUCAUUGAAUUCUGAAUUAUUUUUUUGUUCUGUAUCAAA